AGUGUUGUGAAUCCAGCUGUAAAUCUGCCAUUCUUACAUACAGUCACAUUCUUGCAUUCAGUUACCGAGUCCAGGCAACAAUGAGUUUGAACAAAAACUGAAACAAGGUAGCCUUCACACUCUCGUUCCCCUCUUCUGCAUGGCUGUUGCCAUGGAGGCCCUAAGUCGUGCUAACGGGGCGUUUGCACUGGAUCUGUACCGCGCGCUGAGUAAGGAGUCUCCCGGGGCCAGUCUGAUCGUCAGCCCCCUCAGCAUCAGCACCGCUCUGGCCAUGGUCUACAUGGGGGCCCGCACGCGCACACACACAGAGAUGGGCAAGGUGAUGCGAUUUGAUCAGGUGCCUGAUGUCCACUCUCAUCUUCAAACCCUGAUGGGAAAAGUCACCACCCCCAGCUCCUCCCACGUUCUCAACCUGGCCAAUCGCCUCUUCGGAGAAAAAACUUUUGGAUUUUCACCAGAGUUCCUGUCAGGGAUACAGAAGAACUACCUGGCUGAGCUGCAAGGGAUGGACUUCCUACAGGCUUCUGAGGAGGCCAGACAAACAAUCAACCAGUGGGUGAAGGAGAAGACUGAAAAUAAGAUUGAGGAGCUACUGAAGUCAGGAGUGUUGUCGACAAUGACUCGUCUGGUGCUGGUGAACGCUGUUUACUUUAAGGGCAGCUGGAUGCAUCGCUUCCAAAAGGAGCAGACGCAAGAGAUGCCCUUCAAGAUCAACCACGCGGAGACUCGGCCGGUGCAGAUGAUGUGCCAGACGAAGAAGCUUCCUUACGGUUGGGUUGACGACCUGGAGAUGCAGGUGCUGGAGCUGCCCUACACACAGAGGGAGCUCAGCAUGUUCAUCCUACUGCCGCCGGCAAACAAAACACUAACCAAGCUGGAGAAUAAACUGACCAUAGAGAAUCUUCUAGAGUGGACAGACCCCGCUAACCUGGACGACGGCAGCGACGUGGUCCUGCACCUGCCCCGUUUCAAGCUGGAAACGUCCCUCUCUCUGGGCGACACCUUGUCCGGGCUCGGCAUGGGCUCGCUGUUCGACGAGGGCACCGCCGACCUGUCCGGCAUGAGCGCCAACGGCGGGCUCUCCAUCUCAGCGCUGGCACACAGCGCCGUGUGCGACGUCACCGAGGAGGGCACGGAGGCGGCCGCGGCCACCGCGGCCAUGGCGUCCUUCUGCAUGUUGCGCGAGGAGCACUUCAUGGCGGACCACCCCUUCCUCUUCCUCAUCAUGCACAACCCCACACGCAGCAUCCUCUUCCUCGGGCGCUACUGCGGGCCACAGUGAGGGACGUAACCGAUGACCAGGCCCCCGACCUUUUCUAUCUGACCGCUACUGUAUUAUACAGUACGACAACAAAGCUUUAGUCCUAAUCUCAAAUGUUUGACCAAACUGAAUGUUAAAUGUGGAAUCUAUCACAACAACAUAUUUAGUUAUUAUGUCAACCUGAGCGACUGAGAUUUUCAUGUAAGUCUUACAUGAAAUUUUACAUGAAGUUUUACAUAUUUUUUUUUUAAACUCUGCUUGUUUAUGUCUGUCACAUGAAGGUAGUGGUUUGCCUCUGAGUUUAAAUAAAGUUUAAAAACACACUUCUGGUUUAAGUCUUAAAUAUUGUAUGAACUGUAAGUGUAUGGAUAUGCCAGUCUGGUGGAGGUUUAAACUACUAAAUCAAUCCCAAUUGUUCCUCGGUCAGUACACGAAAGCUAGCAACAAGAGAAUUUCUCUAUACCUGGUGCAAAUAAAUCACACCUACCAGGUGAGCCUUACACCUACACACAGCCUACACACAGAGCUCAUUAGAAUCAACUGGUUUUGUGAGUAUUUUAAAGCUACA